UGCUAACAAACACAGUUAGCAGUAUACCUUUUACUGCCCAUGUUAACAUAAGCAUGACACUGGCAUCACACUCUAGUUACUCUUUGCAUGCUUCGGUACAUCUGUUGUCAAAUUAACCUUGGAAAUGGUGAAAGUUUGCUUAAUUCGCUUCGCUUCUUUCACUUUUAUCUUUUAUUUCCAUAAAUACGACAUAAGACAUGUUCAGUUAUGAGCGUGUGCGCGUUGUAUUUCUCACUAUUCAUUUGGCCUUUUGGUUAUACUAAUGUGCUGAAUGUACAGGUUUGCUAAUUGUGGAAUUUAUGAACACAUUCAGAAUAGCUAGGAUAUCAAUAGUUCUGCACUGUUAGCACACUGCUGAACAGAAUUUUGCAAAGAAUGAUAGGGUGCAUAAAUUUAUUUAAGAAUCAAGACAACAGUUGAUUUUGGCAAACAAAAAACUUGACAAUCAGUUUCUAAUUCUAUCUAGAUGUAGAAAGAAUAAUGAAACAUGCUCCUAUCAAGUGCACACAUCCAGUGUUGUGCGGAUAGUAAUUCUAUUCCAGUUUUGGGGGUACUGACUCAUUGACUUGUAGCGACUAGCUGGUCAUGUAAGAUGUAACCUCCUUAGCAUAACGUAUGUUGUCCUGAAGUAGGACCGAGGACCAUAUUUGCAUGUCAGAAAUCCAGAAUUCAGUACUCCCCCCAUUCCAUAACUCCUGUUGCAAAUUUUGAUGUAUCUAGACAUAUUUUGUGAAUAGAUACAUCUGAAUCUGCAACAAGAAUUAUGCUAUGUAGGGAGUACAAAGCACAUCAGAUGUGGACUAGGAGUAGGAAUUUAGAAUUCAUAACUUGGUUCUAUUCAGAUGGGAGUCAGGUUGGGAGUUAAGUCUUGACUUAUGGAGUAGUCGAACAAAUAGUCAUGACUAGCCCAGCAACCCUCACUCAUUGAUAGAGAUUAUGUGCAAUUCGAGGAAUGCAAUGUUUUGAUUUGUUUUUAGUUGGCACAAUGGUCAUGGCAUAAGAAAAGAAGAAUAUUAGAGCACAAUUCUUGGCUUCAGAUCUCAUCAGAUUGCUACUAUGCAGUGUUACUUCAUCGCACAUUGCUGAUAUGCAUAGUUUUUCUCAGCCACCUCAUCUUAUGGUAUGCAUUUUGUACAACACUUGACAAGCUGUAUAAUACAUAUACAAAAGUAGUUCCAUUUACUCAGCUGCUUGAGUUUGUUAUGUCUUCUCUUGGUGCUAUUACUCAUUCUGUUAGUGGAUAUAUUGAUUAUUGAAAGCAUGCGGUUGAUCACUUCAGAAAAUUAUUUUAGGAGAUGGUGUGGCAUUGUCGCUUCUACUUGGACGGUAUGGUACUUCACGAUGUUGGCAUUGUCAGAGAGAUGCAAAUGUUCUUUUUUCAUAGCCUCCUCUUCUUGAAGGAUUUCGCUGAUGGUGCACCACCAAUAUGCGGGUAGGUGGGUUGUCAUAUGUGGUUAACAUACUGGGCGGGAAACUCACGGAGUCAGAGACGUUGUUAUCCCUACAAUGAUGCAUGGAUCCUGGAUUUAUGUGAAAAGCCACCAAUCUGCCGACAGGCUGUGUGGUGCUCCCCGCCGUGGCAUGUGUUCCGCUGAGUGCGAUAACGGGUGCAAUGGCGCAGCACGGGUCACAGUGGAGAGGGUUUAGGGCUGCCCUGCCGUGGCCGAGCUCGCAGUGUCCAGGAAAGAGGGGCAGGGAAGGAGUACCAGUGGGGGCAUCGCAGGCUAAAGGCCAUUAAAGGGGGGCAGUUAAAACGGUAGACGAUAUGGCACCAAUUGUGGGUUAGUUGCAGUUGUGCUGCAAGCGAUUGCUGCGGCCGGAUCAGCUGCACCCUGUCCGAGCUAUAUCUUCCUAGUGAGGUUGAUUUGUGGGAGCUCAGCAGGCAGGCGCCACGGAUGAGGCCGAGAGGGUGUUCUUCGACGGUGGCAUGCGGGCGAUCUGGCUGCGAGCCUGCUGCUCGGGCUUUGCUGGAGAAAAAUUUGCUGGGAACGGGCCGCACACUUCCUCUCUUAAGGCCCCUCUUUAGAUUAUGACACGUCAUCGUCCGCACGCAUCUCAAAGCUGCUUGGAAUCCCCUAAUCAGUCGAUACGUAUCUGCAGGGACUGGGCGUACCGAUACGUAUCUGCAGGGACUGGGCGUACCGAUCGGAGGAAAAAAAAAGAUGAUACGUUGUAUCCCUAGGCGUGGUAUAUCUGAUCUCAUCUGUAACCGGACAUGAGGCAGAUCGUGGUGAACAAAAGUAGCUAGCUUGCAUUGCAUCUGGGAACUACUCGCCGCCGGCAGCCGCCUCCAACUUCUAGCUAGCUUGCUAUUGAAGAUAAAGACCAUUGCAUCUGGAAACUACUCGCCUGGAAACUACUCGCCGCCGGCAGCCGCCUCCAACUUCUGGGCGUCCGACGUUGCCGCGGCUGUAGUGGUAAUGUCCACCGAUCGCGAGGUGAUAACACGAGUUGAGACCGCCGAUGUCCAGUACAACGCUGCUGACACCGGACGAGAGGUGAUCGCAGGAGCCGAUAUCGCCGAUGUUCCGCACAACGCGGCUACCGCCGGGGGUGAGGUGACCAGAGGAGCCGACGUCUCCAAUGUCCAGUACGACGCUGCCGCCGCCGCGCAACCGGUUUCCUCCUUCGCAGUUGACUCAUCUCAAGAUCAUGUUACCAUGGCCACCUCCUCACCCCUUGCUGGUGACAAGACAAUGCACACACCAACUGAACGGGCUUCCACGUUCAUGGCGACGAUCCAAUCAAGCUCAACUCUUUCCGGCGUGAAAGCUUCAGCUACAAUAGCAAACUCCAAUGAGGUGCAUGGUACUAGUUCUGAAUCACUACUUGUUCCUAAAGUUGGAAUGGCUUUCAAGUCGGAAGAAGAUGCAUACGAAUUUUACAACGAGUAUGCCGGUAAGAUUGGUUUUAGCAUCCGAAAGAGCCACUCAAAGUUGAGACCUGAUAAAUCAGUAUAUCAGAAACAUAUAGUUUGUAGUAAUGAAGGGGAAAGAGGUACUCAUUCGAAACAUGACACUCUGAAACAAAAUGCUGCCACAAGAUCUCGUUGCGAUGCCCGUAUUCAGUUUAGCAUUACUCGCGAGGGAGUUUGGACGGUGCAAAAGGUUGUACUUGAGCACAAUCAUUAUCUCGCAAGUCCAGAUAAGAGACAUAUGUUGCGGUCACAACGUCGUUUGGUAGAGUCUGAUAAACUUGUGAUUGGUCAUAUGAGGGAAGCAGGAUUAAAGCCCGCCCAAGUGUUCAACUUUUUCAAGCAGUGGUAUGGAGGACCUCAGCAUGUACCUUUCUUGCGGGUGGAUAGCAAUAACUAUAUUGGCCGUGAGCGAAAGAAGUAUUUGGAUGUCAAUGAUGCACAAACAAUGCUGGAAUUCUUGAAAAACAAACAGUUAGAAGAUCCUUCUUUUUUUUAUGCCAUACAAUUAGAUGAGGAGGAUUGCCGGAUAGCUAAUUUCUUUUGGGCUGAUGGUCAAGCUAUCAUGGACUAUGCUUGCUUUGGCGAUGCUUUGUCAUUUGACACCACUUUUCAAACAAAUAAGUUUGAAAUGCCCUUUGCACCACUUCUUGGAACUAACCAUCAUAAACAGACAAUUCUUUUUGGAGCCGCACUAUUAUUUGAUGAAACCACCGAUUCAUUUAUAUGGCUCUUCAACACAUUUUUAACAGCGAUGUCUGGCAAACGACCUGUUACAAUCUUCACAGAUCAAUGUGCCGCUAUGGCCAAGGCAAUUGACAAAGUUUUUCCAGGCACGAAGCACCGUCUCUGUCUUUGGCACAUUUAUCAAAAUGCUGCCAAGCAUCUUAGCCAUGUAAUUUCAAAUCAUCCUCGAUUUCUUGCUGACUUUAAGAGAGUUGUAUACCUUGAAAAUUCAGUGGCAUACUUUGAGCAGAAGUGGCAAGAAUUAUUGAUUACUUAUGAUCUUGUGGAGAACUCAUGGAUACAAACUCUAUAUGGUUUGCGUGAGAAGUGGGCUGCGGUGUACCGCAAUGAUUCAUUUUCUGCUGACAUGACCUCAACUCAAAGAAGUGAAGGUAUGAACAAUGUGUUCAAGAAACAAUUUCGCAAGAAGCUCUGUGUUUCAGAGCUCUUAGUAGAAUAUGAGAAGUGUGCUGCUAGCCUUCGUGAAAAUGAACUAGAUGCAGAUUUCAAGUCACGAAAGUCUAAACCGGUUCCUUUUGUAAGAAAUUUACCUAUGUUGAAGAUUGCAGCUGAGUCAUAUACAAGGAGGAUUUAUAAUGAUUUUGAGGAGGAGUUCAAACAACAACAUUCAGUCAAGUGCGAAAGUAUUUCCAUAGUUGGAACAAUCAGAACAUAUAAGGUCAUGGCGAUGCCAUUUGAGGAUGACGCACUAGUUAUCUUUAAUCAUGAGGAUGUGACCAUAUCAUGUUCCUGUAGAAAGUAUGAAUCCAAAGGUCUAUUGUGCAAGCAUGCUCUGCGAGUGUUGAACAUCAAUGAAGUUUUCACUUUGCCAUCGCAAUAUAUACUACACAGGUGGACAAAAUAUGCAAAAAGAGGUUAUUCUUCGAAUAACCAGGACAGUCCUCAAGACACUUUACAAACACGCGCUGCUCGCAUUUCUCGGAAAGCAACCGCUGUUGCACUUAAGUGCUCUGUUUCAGAAGAACUUCUUGUAGAAUUGGAGAAAGCUAUAGAUAUGCUAGAUCUAGAAGCAGAUGAAUCACUAAGCCAAAGAGGACCAGCCAAACCUGAAAGUGUUCGUAUGAAUUCGAAUGUGUCCAAUGACUUUAUAACCAAUGGAAACAUAUCAUUUAAAGUUCCCCAAGCAAUAAAAGGUCCAAUGGUAAAAAGAGCAAAAGAUGCACUUGAAAAGAAAGGAACAAAGAAGGCAAAGACAGGAACAAAGAAGCCAAAAUCUGGAACAAAAAAAGGUGUUGCAAACAAAGUAAAGGCUGAUACUACGCUCGGAGAAGGCCAUCAACCGUUAACCGGAACUUUUGACGCAAAUACAGGAACUAAUAUAGCAAUUCCACACAUCCCAAAUAAUAUGUAUCACGGACAAAAUCCUCUACAGUUUACCGCAGGAAUAGGUCCUAAUAUUACAAUGCCGCACUACUCUAAUAAUAUGUUUCAUGGACAAGGUCCUCUACAAUUUACUGCAGGAACAAGCUCUAAUAUUACAAUGCCGCACUUUUCUAAUAAUAUGUUUCCUGGACAAGGUCCCUUACAAUUUUCUGGAUCUUUUGAGGCAAGCACAAGUUCUAAUAGUACAGUACCACACUUCACAAAUACUACCUUUCACGGAGAUUCUUCGACCAUGUUUCGUCCAUUCAUCCAAGGAGGAUACACUGAACUUCUACUUCAAACUGAUCAAGCUUUGGAGGUGCUACACCCUUCGCGAAGAUUGGAUUUUGAUGAACCAACUCCUGGAGGACGGAAGGAGUAGGCAUAGUAGUAAUUUUUUUCCUUCAUGUGGUCAAUGGCCUAUGUUUAAAUGUUAGUUCUGCAAGUAAAAUAUACAUAAUGUUGCACUGGAUCAUUAGAGCGAGUACUUCUUACCAAAUGAUCUUAUACUUGAGGGGAAAAAACAUAUGUUCACUCAUUCAUGAAACUGAAUAUAGACAUGUACACAUAACAA